GGUACAACGAUGCCCAGAGGCCCGUCCAUCCCGCCCUACCUCACCGCAGGAGCAUCCUCCAGGGCGCACCAUGCUCUUCUUGCACAGCUUUCACAGGCUGACUCCACCCAGGAAGAGGAUCAGAUCGUUGCCCACCAUCUAACCCAGGCCAGGGCUGUCUUGCACUCGCGCGAUGUGAACACUACCAGGAUAGCCGAGAGUCUGAUUGUGAUACUGCACUGCACGAUGUUGAGGCACAACGUGGAUGAUGAUUUGGAUUUCGCUCUGAUGCCGGCACUGAAGCUUGCCGAAGCUGGCAAGACCAUCCAAGAAAGGCGGAUAGGGUACUUGUUCUUGGUAGAACGCCUUUCCCCGGAUCACGAGCUGCACCUGUUGUUGGUAAAUACCAUCCGCAAGGACCUAUCGUCGAACCAGCCGGCAAAUAUACUUCUUGCGCUACACACGAUUGUCAAACUACCCUCACGCGAUCUCGGGCCGGCCGUCACCCCGCUGCUCAUCGCAAAACCCCUUCUCCGUCACACCUCAGCUGCGAUACGGCAGAGAACGUACCAAGCGCUUGUGGCUCUACACCUCUCCUCGACCUUUCCCCGUACACCGCAACCACAUUCGCAAUCCCAAUCUAUCCGCCCUCACUCUCCCUUUCCAUUGUCAAUGAGCAAAGUCGUGAAAGCGGUGUGUAAAGAAAAAGAUUCGUCAUGUCUUUGUGUGCUUUUCAAAUUACUCGGGCGGCUCAUCCAUACUGGAGCACAUGGGAUAAAGAAUGAAGAGGAGAGGGGGUACCUAGUACAGCUCGUGCUCGACAAGACGGAAGAAAUGGGGUGGCUCGAGCAAGGGCAGGUGGAAGGGGGAGGCGACGGGGGAGAAUUGAUACUCGAGUCAGUGAGGUUGUUGGGGACCUUGGUCAGUGCCGAGAUCUUGGAGAUGGAUUCGGCGGAACGGGGGGAGGAAGUGCGCGAGCAGAUUGAAGAGUGGAUACGGAGAAAGAUGGAGGAGAUGCGGAUGGACGGUUCUUGGUCUCGCUCUCGUUCUCAGUCUCGCUCUCGCUCUCGCUCUCAGUCUCGGUCGCAGUUUCAAUCUCAAUCUCAAUCUCAGUCUCAGUCUCAGUCUGGGACGGCUGUGGGGUUGACGAGGUGGAAAAAAGCGUUCCUUCUAGAAGUAUGUGGUAUAGCACCCAUGGUACCGGCAGUGAUCGGGCAUUGUCUGGGGGUUGUGUCCCGUCUUUUGGUACCAUCUUCCUUCCCCUCAACCUCUUCCUCCUCAUCAACCCCUGCCAACAAGUCUACCCACACCCACACCCACACCCACACCCAGACCAGCGUUUUACCCCCGCCAAACGAACACGUUCUAGCCCUCCGAUGUCUUUUACUCCUCCCACCGCAGACAUGGGACCGAAGUGAGAAGAUGGGGGAAGGGGAGAUGGGAGUGGUGAUGGAAGGUGUUGGGAGUGGGGAUACGAGUGUUCGGCGAUUGACGAUAGAGUUACUUUACGCGCUUUCGCCAGAUUUGGCGAGAACGGUUUUCGAGAAUUAUUUGGAAUCGAUCGUCACGUCGACAAAUCUCUCGCUCCCGUUGGACAUGCAAACACAAACACAGAUACAGACCCUGGGAAUGGAGGAGAGGGUGAAAGUGAAGAUGGGAAGGAGAGAGACGGCAGGCAGGGCGCUGGAAGUUUGUGAGGUUGUGGCGCGUGUGCAGGCGCGUGUACAGCCAUGGCCAGGGGUACAGGGAAAAGAGGGGGAAAGUGGAAAUGGGGACCGAAGCGUGGUGAAUUGGGGAGAUGUGGUGAGCGUGCUGGUGACGCUGGGCGAAAAAGAGAAAGAGAAGGAUGGGGAUGGUUGGGAAGAAGGGGUGAAGAGGGUUAUGGAUUUGGUUAGGCUCUACGACCCAUCUGGCGAAUUGCUAGUCGAUGCUAUACACGCGCGUUACGAACGGCGCAUUCAUGAAACCGAAAGAGGACGGCAGGGCCAUGUGCAUGAGCAUGAGCAUGAGACUGAGACUCUCUGGAUCCAGAGUCCGACAGUGGUCAUGUUGCUUGGAGCGGUGGCGUGUGAGUUUUCCGCUUUGGGUUUAGGGGAUGGAAAGGCAAGGCAAAACAAGCGAGCGAGUCUGAGAGAGUUGCUUUCGACUGCCGCUUUGGGCGGUUCUCGUGCUGGCAUGAUCAGCAGCGUAAACAGCACAAUCGGGGUGAUCCCUACAACAUCCACAGCGAGAGCGACGUCCGUGCAAUCGCCCGCAUUACAAGAGAUUGUUUUACUGGCGUUUGUGGCUUUGUUGAGAGACGAAGGAGAGGGAGAGGAUAUGGAGAGGAUACGAAAGGAUGUAGAAUCUCUCGCCAAGGGAGCGCAGGGGUAUAUAAAAAGACGAUGUGACGAAGUGAUUUAUACAAUUGAUAACGGGCUGGCUCGAGAAUUAGGUGGUGGGGCAAAGUCGAGUUCGCUUUCCGAUAUCCGCACGUCUCUUGUAGAUACUGUGGCCACACACAAAAGACGGGCAUCCUUGAAAAGUGAAAGCGAAACGAGAUCGCCUCUGUCUUGGUCGACUUUGACGGCAACAAAGCAGCUUCGCUAUGAGGCGUAUGGUUCAAAGUGAAUUCCACAAGUUGUAUAUUAUGCUUUCCUAAUGGUAUAUUUGUAUUUAAAUAUUAUCUUGUCAUUAUAUGCAUU